UGAACAUCAGUCUGAAUUACUUCAGCUGCAGCUUUUACUGAUGAUGAAUAAAACCACAAACAAAUCAACUCACCAACCGUUUCACUCAUCUCUAAGGAACAUACCUGGGGUGCGUGGGAAAAUCUUUAACACUUCUUAGUUUGGCUUUUGAUAUUCAGUAGAGAUUUGAAGGUCAUUGGAACGUCUGAUUAGAAGCGGCUGUUCGAAGUGUUGCAGAAAUGGGUUUAUGAGUUCCGAUAUUUCAUAUUUUAUUUCCUAAUGACUUCAAACUUCGUUCGCCCUCCUCCAGCUCCAGUCUUCAACCCAACACUUGAAGAAUUCACUGAUCCUAUCAGUUAUGUACACCGUAUUUCCCCAAUCGCAUUUAAUUAUGGCAUUUGUAAAAUACGCCCACCAAGUGGAUGGAAACCACCAUUCUCAGUUGAUCAGGAAAAUUUUACUUUCGUACCACGAGUUCAGGAAUUAUCUGAUGUUUGUGCAUACAACCGUGUGAGGUAUCAUUUUAUCACAUCCCUUAUACAUUUUUGGGAAGCACAGGAUGUCAACUUAUUCGUACCCCAAAUCAAGGGGAAAAGCGUAGACAUCUACCGACUUUGGAAGCAGGUGAAAUGUGCUGGUGGUUAUUCAACUGUUUGUGAGAAAAAGUUAUGGUGUAAAAUUUGUGAACAGAUCAACUUGCCGGCAACUCCAUCUUUCGCUUCUGUCCUAUCUUCACACUACAAGAAAUAUCUUUUGCCAUACGACACGUUUCUUGCCAGUGAACCUGCAAUGAAUGACCAGGAUGUUAAGUCUACCCGCUCAAAUCAGUUGCACAAGAAGAAGCCAUCGGUUGGGAAAAUGGUGUGUUCUGUAUGCAAACUCGGUAAUGAUGACGAGUAUCUCCUCUUGUGUGAUGGGUGUGAUACAUUUGGAGCCUGUCAUACAUACUGCCUUGACCCACCUUUAUCUGAUGUACCGAAGGGAAAUUGGUACUGUCGUGACUGUGUGAUAAGAAGAUACAAACAGUUGAACAAGUUCGACGCAUUCGGUUUCAAAAGCUCAAAAAUGAAGUAUACUCUUCAUACUUUCGGAAUUCACGCUGAUGAUUUUAAGGCGAAGCAUUUUGGGAAACCUACACAUAUGGUUUCACUUGAAGAGGCUGAGACUGAAUUCUGGCGUUUGGUUAAUUCUGAAGAUACUGAGGUAAGCGUAGAGUACGGGGCUGAUCUGAAUGCUCAUGAACAUGGAUCUGGCUUCCCAACUUUACGAUCAGGAAGAGUCAGUCAAAAACUAAAACAUUACAUUAAUUCACCGUGGAAUCUAAACAAUACUCCUUUGUUAGAUGGUUCAGCUCUGAGAUUCUUACCAAGGGAUAUUUCAGGAAUGAUUAUACCGUGGUGCUAUGUUGGUAUGGCAUUUUCUUGUUUUUGCUGGCAUACAGAAGACCACUGGAGUUAUUCUAUAAACUACUUACACAUGGGUGAACCAAAAACUUGGUAUGGAGUACCAACGAACUCUGCCGACGCCUUCGAAUUGGCUAUGCGAUCUGAAGUUCCCGAAUUAUUUGUCAAUUCUCCAGACUUACUACAUCAUAUGACUACAAUGGUUUCACCGCAUAGACUUCAGGCAUAUGGUGUCCCUGUUUAUCGUCUUGACCAAAUGGUUGGUGAAUUUGUGGUGACAUUUCCACGUGCAUUCCAUGCCGGUUUUAAUCAAGGGUUCAAUUUUGCUGAAGCAGUUAAUUUUUGCCCUCCUGACUGGUUUGAAUAUGGUCGAAAUUGUAUUGAACACUAUGCCUUGUUGCAUAGAACUCCAGUUUUUUCACAUUCAGAAUUAUUAUGUCGUAUGGCUAAAUCAGUUGAACCGCUUAGCAUAGAAUUCUUAACUGUUAUUACUAAACAGUUGGGUGAUUUACUCACCACUGAACGUUGUCUCAGACGCCAUUUAGCUAGAAUUGGUGUCAGGCUUACAGAACGAAUGGUAUUUGAAAAUUCAGAAGAUGAAAAAAGGGAAUGUGAUUUAUGCCGAACAACGCUGUAUUUAUCUUCUUUGGGAUGUAAAUGUUCAGAAAGCAUGGUAUGCUUAGCUCAUUAUCAAAAACUUACAUGUUGUUCACGUGACAAUCAAGUAAUGCGUUAUCGUUAUGAUUUAGAUGAAUUAACUGAAUUCAAGGAGAGAUUACAACAAAAGCUAACUGAAUAUGAAGAGUGGAAAUGUCAACUUGAAAAUAAUGUUUUUAAUUUAAUGCCUAAUAAAUCGGUUUAUUCCACUGAUAUGAAAUUAUCUAAUAUUAAUGACAGUAAUAGUAAUAAUUCUGAAGUCAAGACUAAGUUAGAUAAUCCCUUAGACAUUCCCAUGGAUAAUUGUGAUAAUGGAGAUAGUGUGAAAGACUCUUUCGAUACUCCUGUUGCUGUUGCUGCCGCCUCCACGGCUGUUAAAUCUAAGCUGAAAGAUGAAGAUAAUGCUGAUGAGGAAAAUGAACCUCCUGUGUGUUCAAGAUCUUCAGAAUCCACACCUUCGAAAGUGAAACCAGAAGAAAAAGAAGAAAAACGUCAGAAACCAACUUUAUUGGAACUGAAUGAACUGUUAAACAUUGGUCGAACACGUCAAUAUCCUAGUUCAAUGGUGUCACGUUUAAAUCAUAUAAUCAGUACAAUUAAUGAAUGCUCUUCAGUGAUAGACCAAUUAAUUAUGAGUUAUAAGAAAGCCUGUGAAAGAGUAAACAAUAUUAAAAUAUUAGAUAUAAAAUCUUCUAAAUCUGAUAUGACAGACUCAGGUAAUGAAGAUGAUGAUGAUGAUGAUGAUAAUGACGAUGAUGACGGUGAUGACGAGGAGGAUGAGGAGCAAGAGGAGGCAGAGGUAGACGAUAAUAAAGAUGUGAAAAAGUACAAUAAACAACGUAUACAGGAUAUUUUAAAUUCUUCUGGAUCUAUCCAGUCCACUUCAGAAGAAUCAGAUGAUGCGGUUGAUAAUGAUGAUGCUAAUGAUAAUGAAACAAGUGGUGAGGACUGUCACAAUUCAUCAGGUACUUCAUUGCGUAGAAGCAGUCGAAGAUUGAAUAAAGACAACAGCAGUAUUGAUGAUGAUGAUGUUGUUGUAAAGAAAGAGAAAGCUGAAAAUAUCAGUGACGAGCGAAAAUCGAAUAAUAAUAAUAGUAAUAAUUUGAAAACAACUCAUAACAAUUAUGCAUUACGGUCAACACGUAAGAAUUGCAAUGAAACCUGUUCAUAUCGAACACGGAGUAAAUCUUCUGCAUCGAAGGGUCCGUUUAUCUCAAAGAUAACAUUGAAUGAAUUCGCCAGCAUAGUUAAGCUGACUACAAAUCUACCAGUUGUUCUACCUGAAUUAUCUGAAUUACAAGAUUUUGCUGAUCAUAUCACAGCAUGGAGAAAUGAAGUAUGCAGUCUGUUGGCACAGUUAAAUAAGAAGCUAGAGAUUAACAACAACAACAACAACAACACGGAGGAUGUUCACAGUAUUAUCACUGACAUUAAUAUGGAUGAUGCUCCCGCUACGACGACUGUCUCUACUGCUGCUGUUGAUGUUGUUGUUGUUAGUAACAUUGAUGAUGGUGAUGAUGUUAACAGUAGAAUGUUCGAUGCAAAUAAAGUGGAACUACAACUUCGAUCUAUUUUACCUUCUGUACUAAAAGUGAAAGAGUAUAUUGAUUUUGCCAAUAUGAUCGAUAUUGAAUUGCCAGAGUUAAACCAACUAAAGAGAGUACAUGAUUGCCUCAUUUGGUUGGAGGAUGUCGAUAAAAUUCUGAACUUCAAAUCUAAUAAUAUUUUUAAUAGUAAUCAAAGAGAAAAUGAUGAUACUGGCAGUGAUGUUAAACCAACUGUGAUACACAAGCCUACACUGAAUGAUGUUUGCAAAUUACAAUUACAAGGUAAUCAAGUGGCUUCAUCUAUCGCUUAUGUAAUGAAUAAUAUUCAUGAAAAUGGAUAUACGCAUAAUUUUGCUUCGUGUAGCGUAUUGGAUACGGCAUUAACUGUGCAAAGUCGACGUUUAUUGGAUAUGGUGUCUGCAGUUAAAUUAGUUGAAGAGAGUUUAGAAAAAAUUAUCCAAGCAGAGCCGCGCAGUUUAUCAUUAAGUGUUAUAAAAGAACGAAUAACGGUAGCACUGCAAUUACCGAUUCAUUUGACUAUUAUUACUGAUGUCCAGGAGAUAUAUGAAAAUGCAAAAAUUUAUGAGAAAAAGUUUAAUUGCCUAGCAAAUAUCCUACUGAUCAACGAUAACUCAUGGAUUAAAGAGGAAAAAGCAGAAGAAAGAGAAUCAGUCGGACAAGCGAAGCUAUUACAACCACCACCACCACCACAACAACAACAACAACAGCCACUACAAAAACCUGAUGAUGAUCAAGAAAUAUCAUUACCUACACAGGAUAGCAAUAAAGAAAAUAUCACUGUAACUGAUGCAUUUAUUGACGAAAUUAUGGAAGAGAUUGGUUUAGGCUCAUUGAAUUCUACGCCAUCAACAUGGUUAGCCUAUCUCAAUACCUUAGAAGAGAAAACUGCAAAUUGUGUUGUGAAAUUUCCACAAAUUGAUCCUAUUAAAACAUUGUUGUCAGAGUUGAAUGUUAUUCAUGAAAAAUUGGUAAAAUUAUUCCUUAGACCAGAAUCAACUCAAAGUUUACUAGAAGUUCUCUUACCACGAUCAGCAUCUGCUUUAGAAUGGCUUAUUCGUUUAGACGGUGGUCCAGAUCUGCCUGGUUUAUCUUCAUCUAGAAGUGAUGGGAACAAUUGUCCAUCAACUACAUACAAGCGUCAUACACGAAGUCCAAAUUUUCAAGCAUUAACGUAUAGAUCGUUGUGUAAACACAGUGCAGAAGAAUUUGCUAAAAUAUCCAGUGAUAAAAACUGUAGUGAAAUGUAUGAAUCAGUGUAUAGCCGUUUUAUUGAUGGUGAAAUCUCAUUAAUGCAUUAUUUACGUAGUACAAAUAUGCGAAAAUCAAGAGCAAAACACCAGGAGAAAGUUGUUUACUGCAUAUGUCGACAACCGGGUCUAACAAGUUUUAUGCUUCAAUGUGAAUUAUGUCGUGAUUGGGUGCAUAAUAUAUGCGUGACACUUCCAUCUUUAAAGGAUUCAGAAACUGAACGUAUGCGAUAUAUCUGUCCACGAUGUGAAUGUAGUCUUAGACCAGAUUUGAAACAAGUUCUAGAGGUUCUUGUAGAACUUCACAAUCUUACAAAGCUCAAAAGUAAUUCAAAUCAAUAUCAAGCAUUGAAUAAUAAUAAUAAUAGUAAUAAUACGAAUAAUGCUGUUAAUACGGAAAACAAGCCUACACAUGACCUGUAUUUUCAUCAAUUCCCAGAAUUUGUUGCAGUUCAAUUACUCUGUGAUCGAGCUAUUUCUUUUAUCAAACAUAUUCAAAAGUCGAUAGCGUCUAAUACUGAACUGAGACAGGCCUUAGAGGAGUAUGAGCAUUUCUCUCACAUGACAAUGCCAUCAUUCGAUUUGAUCGAAGAAAAUAUUACUGAGGCAUUAAUUAAUUCGUCAGAUGAAAACGAUGAUGUUCCAGUGGAUUGUAAAAAGAAAUAUCAACGUGUACGCACCAUAUCUCCUAGUCGUCAGUCAUCCACAAUUGAUCAUGACCGUUCUUCUGUGCCUGGUGGUGUUCGAGAUUUUAUUCCAAAGUCUGUACGUAAUUAUCGUGAUGCGGCUGAUAGCGUUAAAACACAACCGCACAACCGGUCAUAUUUAUCUACAGGCAAACCUCGAGCAGGGAUGGCUAUGCCACUGAAGACACCAUGGAAACCAAUGAAUUCAGCUGCAUCAACGGCUGAAACACAGAUGAAUCGUAAUCCUGAAGAUAUUCGUUCGUCAUCCUCCUCGUCUUCUUCAUCGUCAAGAUUGCCUAAUGUAGAAUCACAAUUCUCAGACUACAAACAAAGUCAAAGAUCUCGUCUAUUAAUGUCGAAUAGCGGUGAAAAUAAUAACAAUAACAGUAAUCGUUUACGAAUUAAUUCUGGUGAACAGAAAGAAGCUGAGGCAGCGGAAGCAUUAGCUGGUUUAUCAGCAUCGCUAAGUAAUCCACCGCCUCUGAUGAAAAAAGAUUCAACUACUACUUUUAAACCCACAUUUAAGCAACAGCGAUCUUAUGAUAAUGUUAAAUUAGAUGGUGGAUACAAUCAAUUGAAUAGUCGUGGAAAUAUACCUGCAAAGAAGUUGAAUCAACGUGAUAAUGCACUACACGAUAAUGGAUUUAGUUCACGUCCAACUGAUCGAUCUGAUUCUACUUAUUUUAAAAAGUCCAACUCUAGUCACAAUUUAUCUUCAACAAAUCACCAUCAUGAUUCUGGUUCAUUGAAUCGUCUUAAUCAUUCACGUGGAGUAGCCAGUGAAAGUGAAUCUACAAAAUCUUUAACAUGCUUACAAUCAACAAGAAGAUUCUUUUUCCCUUUACCUUCUGAAGCUCGUAGAUUAUUAGAAAAAUUAAUUAUGGAAGCAUGUCUACUUGAAGUCCAUUUACCACAAACACGUUGGUUAUGGCAAUUGCAUUUAGCUUCAGAUCAAGAGACAGCUGCAUGCGGUGCACAUCAUCCAACUAUUGCAAAGCUUGAAGAAGAACGCUUGAAACGUCGUAUCGCACGUCAUCUUGAACAAAUAAGUCAAUUAAAGCAAAAAACAAUUGAUCAUCAGUCGAAACCUGGUCGACGUAAAAGAAAACCUUCGAGUAUUACAGAUAAUUCUGGUAGUAUAGAUACAAAAUUAGAACAAUCAGAUGAUAGUAAUGUGUCAUCAAGUGAAAAAAGUGUAUUGCAAAAUCGUCAACGUUAUACUCCUGUGUGUUCAGAACCUGAAGAUAAACAAAGCAAUUCACCGGUUUCUGAUACAAUUUCUCGUGUUGUUACAUCUGUUGCUAGGCGGAAGCCAUAUCGUCCUCGAGGUGGUGCACCAGAAGUGGCUAUAACACGUCGGUAUAAAUUAGGCAGACCAAAACGUGCAUUACCUGUUCGAAGCUAUCGAUCAAUUCAUCGACCAACUCAUGCUAUCGGGUAUAGAUCUGUACGUACAGAUGGACAGCAACAGGCGUAUGUUUCUAGUAUGCGAGAUGAACUAGAGCAUAAAAUGCACAGAAUUCUGUCUACCAAGAACAGUAAAUUGCGAGGGAACAAUCGUACAACGAAUCUGAGUAAUCAGUCAUUUUUAUCUUCUCGAAGAAGUGGACGAGUAUAUCGUGGAGAACGCAUAGUACGUCGACCGUUUGUAUGCUCAAAUAAUGACUAUAGUGAUUCAUCUGUAAGUGAGGAACACGUGAAUGCUGUUGAGCCCACACUAAAUGAACAGUAUUCAUCGAGAAAUGAAUCAUCAGAUUACUGUAAAAUGAUGAUGACCUCAAAUCAUUCUAAUUAUAAUUCAGGAAUAAUAGGUGGUAAACGAUCAGAAUUUAGAUCACAUAAACAAGAUGAACGUCAUUCAUCGUUAAGAAAUACAAAUGAAAGUGAACAAUAUGAAGAAUCUGCUUCAGAAGAUCAGUUGUCGAAUAAUGAAGAUGAAAAAUGUCCUGCUAAGCCUUGUCAUAAUCCACGUACUGGUACUGUGAAAUGGGUUCAGUGUGAAGCAUGUUGUCAAUGGUAUCAUCAAAUCUGUGUUGGAAUUCGUCAUCAAUAUCAGCUUCCUAAAGUAUACUAUUGCCCUGCCUGUCAACCCCGAUCCUCUGUCACCACCACCGCUGGCACCAGUUUACCUGCUCGCCGGAAACGAUUAUCCGGUAGUGGAAAUGUUAGUCGACUAUCCAGUAGGCAUUUCCUUGUUAGAACCUCAUCUAAACUUCAUAUACGUAAAAAUCUUACUGGUUGUUACCCUGGCAAAUUAAGUCAACAUUUAUCUCGACGUCCAGAUAGUUGGACACGUAGACUGCAUGCAUCACCACGUUUACCUAAAUUACAAGCUUAUGGUGAUCGUAAUACGCCUAGUCUGGCUGAGGAUGACGACGGCGAGGAUGGCUCAGAUGAUACAAACAAUUAUGUUGACAAUCAUCACCACAGACAUGUUAAAUCUUCGAUGAAACAAUCUAUUCCAAUUUUAAAAAAUGAAUUAAUCGAUAAUUGGGCUGAUAUAUCACAAAGUUCUGAAGAAUCUUCAUUGAAACAUCCUGUUAAUUCACCACAUGGAUCAUCAUCACACCUAGAUGAACCUCCGGUUAUUGACGCUUAUGAACCUGUUCCAAAUAAUUAUGGGAAUACAGAGACGAUUACUGAAACACCAAAAGGACCGACUGAAGUUCUCCUAGAAGCAUUAGAUGUAAUGAGUAGUGGUGAAAUUCAUGCAAACAAUUCUGUUUAGUUAAAAAAACAAAAAAUUAUCCUCCGUGGUUUUUCUUUUUUUUAGUUAACUAACAUAUAUACUCCAUACUUUUUAUUUGUCUCACACGAACAUUAAUUAAUUAACUAGUAAUACUGUUUUCACGACUAUUAAACUACUACACUUAUCGUAUAUCCAGACUUUAAUAAGUCACAGUGACAUAUAUAUUUUGUAAUAUCCUCUCGCCUUUGUUGCAUAGAAAUUGGAAGUUAGAGAAAGAAAAAGAAUUAUAUAUAUAUUUGAGAAUACCACACCAUAUAGGUAGGCACAAGGUGUAGUGUUUCCAGGAGAAAAGUGUAUUUUUUAAAAAUCUACUACUAUUUUUUGUUGUCAUUCAUUUUGAUCUCUUCUCUUUCGACAUCAAUCUCUACUUACACACACACACACACACACGCACGCAUACACACCCCAUUAGUCUACACCGUGUUUCCUUUUUCCCUUUUUUUCAAUGUGCGUUUGUGUGUGUGAUGUAUUCAUCUGUGAUGACGUGCUGGUUAUAGAUAGUUGUGUGUGUGUGUCGAGAGGAGGUGGGACAAUGUCCGUCCCGAAUAGAAGUAUUUGUCGUUAAGAUAGAAGCGUAUUAGGCCUGUCUCCUGAUCUUGCCCCAUCUCUCUCCCUUCGUGUCGAGUGUAUGCACUCUGAUGUACUUUUGUUCAAAGAAUGUGUGCUACCUAUCUUCAGACAUUUCUAUCACUCAGUAUUGUUGUGUUUGGCGUUGUUGACGUUGUUGUCGUCGACGCCAUCUUUGUUAUUGUUAAUAACUAUUUUAUUACUUGAUUAUAAUUACUUUUUACUGCACAUAAAAUUACGUUUGUCUACUAUGAUAAUCCCUUGUUUUUGAUUACUAAUCAAUACUUGUCUUCUUGGGUCAUCAUUCAUUCAUUACUUAAGGACUGAUAUAUUAUUAUUACCUUGAUCAAUACAUCUCUCACUAAUUUCAUUCUUCUCCUCCUUAUUAUUAUUAUUACGAAAAGAUAGGCAGUGUGUAAACUUCUCCCGAAUUCCACGUAUAUUAAUUAAUUAGUCCUUAAAAAAAUAAAAAGAAUAAUUUCACAGAACACAUCGUUGGUGUCUUAUUUUCUUCUUUUCUCCUUUUGUAAACUGCUAUUUUCACCUUUGUAAACGAGAGACAAUAUGUUUUUGCCAUGUCAUGAACACUGGUUGCUUUAUAACUUCUAUUUUUCACUAU